AUGCGGAAAAGUUCCGAGCGGAUUGUUGCGGCAACGGCAAAGAAGAGGGAACUUAUUUUCAUCCGUUCCCGCACGUCAAAACGGUAUUCAUCGAUGAACUUAUAUGAUGUUCGAUUUCUAGAUCUUUUAAGAAGACGCUUAAUCGAAAGUCUGUCUCCUGAAGAUGUUCUACGAUCUCUGAUGAUGAAAAGUCAAAAGUUUGAAAAUGGCAUUGUUCACGAUUCACGAUGGAAUUUGUUCGGAAUGCUCGUGGGGUCGGACGACUUUUAA